AUGGAUGCUGACACUUUGAUGUGUGAUGGGUCAAAGUGUCAGCAUCCAUCACACAUUAAAGACAGCAUCCAUCACACGUCAAAGUGUCAGCAUCCAUCACACAUCAAAGUGUCAGCAUCCAUCACACGUCAAAGUCUCAGCAUCCAUCACACGUCAAAGUCUCAGCAUCCAUCACACAUCAAAGACAGCAUCCAUCACACAUUAAAGACAGCAUCCAUCACACGUCAAAGUCUCAGCAUCCAUCACACGUCAAAGUGUCAGCAUCCAUCACACAUCAAAGACAGCAUCCAUCACACAUUAAAGACAGCAUCCAUCACACGUCAAAGUGUCAGCAUCCAUCACACGUCAAAGUGUACUCACGCCUUACAGGGUACUCACGCCUUACAAGGUACUCACGCCUUACAAGGUACUCACGCCGCCUUACAAGGUACUCACGCCUUACAAGGUACUCACGCCUUACAAGGUACACACGCCUUACAAGGUACUCACGCCUUACAAGGUACGCACACCUUACAAGGUACUCACGCCUUACAAGGUACGCACGCCUUACAAGGUACUCACGCCUUACAAGGUACUCACGCCUUACAAGGUACUCACGCCUUACAAGGUACGCACGCCUUACAAGGUACUCACGCAUCUAGAAUUAUCAAGACUGCUGAUGACGUAACUUCUGGGUUUGCCGUCACUGAGAUCAUCGAUCAGGACAAAGACGCUGACACCACACUGCAACUUCUCAGGCACUGCACCUACUCAGGCCCUACGUCUACUCAGGCCCUACGUCUUCUAAAGCACUGCAUCUACUCAGGCACUGCACCUACUCAGGCCGUGCGUCUACUCAGACACUACGUCUACUCAGGCCCUACGUCUACUCAGACCCUACGCCUACUAAGGACUACGUCUACUCAGACCCUACGUCUACUCAGACCCUACACCUACUCAGGCCCUACGUCUUCUCAGGUCCUACGUCUACUCAGACCCUGCGUCUUCUCGAGCACUGCAUCUACUCAGGCACUGUACCUACUCAGGCCGUGCGUCUACUCAGACCCUGCGUCUACUCAGGCACUGCACCUACUCAGGCCGUGCGUCUACUCAGACCCUACGUCUACUCAGACCCUACGUCUUCUCAGGCCCUACGUCUUCUCAAGCACUGCAUCUACUCAGGCACUGCACCUACUCAGGCCGUGCGUCUACUCAGACCACUACGUCUACUCAGGCCCUAUGCCUACUCAGACCCUACGUCUACUCAGACCCUACGUCUACUCAGACCUUCCGUCUUCUCAGGCCCUACGUCUACUCAGACCCUACAUCUUCUCAAGCACUGCACCUACUCAGGUCGUGCGUCUACUCAGACCCUACGUCUACUCAGGCACUGAACCUACUCAGGCACUGCGUCUACUCAGACCCUACAUCUUCUCAAGCACUGCAUCUACUCAGGCACUGCACCUACUCAGGCCGUGCGUCUACUCAGACCCUGCGUCUACUCAGGCACUGUGUCUACUCAGGCACUACGUCUACUCAAGCACUGCAUCUACUCAGGCACUGUGUCUACUCAGGCCGUGCGUCUACUCAGACCCUACGUCUACUCAGGCCCUACGUCUACUCAGACCCUACGUUUACUCAGGCACUGCGUCUACUCAGGCACUGCACCUACUCAGGCACUGCGUCUACUCAGGCACUGCGUCUACUCAGGCCGUGCGUCUACUCAGACCCUUCGUCUACUCAGGCACUGCGUCUACUCAGGCACUGCGUCUACUCAGGCACUGCGUCUACUCAGGCCGUGCGUCUACUCAGGCCGUGCGUCUACUCAGGCCGUGCGUCUACUCAGGCCGUGCGUCUACUCAGGCACUGCACCUACUAAGGCCCUACGUCUACUCAGGCCCUACGCCUACUCAGGCCCUACGUCUACUCAGAUCCUACGUCUACUCAGACCCUACGUCUACUCAGCCCUGCCUCUUCUCAGGCCCUGUGUCUUCUCAGGCCCUACGUCUACUCAGACCCUACAUCUUCUCAAGCACUGCAUCUACUCAAACACCGCACCUACUCAGGCCGUGCGUCUACUCAGACCACUACGUCUACUCAGGUCCUACGUCUAUUCAGACCCUGCGUCUUCUUGAGCACUGCAUCUACUCAGGCACUGUACCUACUCAGGCCGUGUGUCUACCCAGACCCUGCGUCUACUCAGGCACUGCACCUACUCAGGCCGUGCGUCUACUCAGACCACUACGUCUACUCAGGCCCUAUGCCUACUCAGACCCUACGUCUACUCAGACCCUACGUCUACUCAGACCCUACGUCUACUCAGACCUUCCGUCUUCUCAGGCCCUACGUCUACUUAGACCCUACAUCUUCUCAAGCACUGCACCUACUCAGGUCGUGCGUCUACUCAGACCCUACGUCUACUCAGACACUGAACCUACUCAGGCACUGCGUCUACUCAGACCCUACAUCUUCUCAAGCACUGCAUCUACUCAAGCACUGCACCUACUCAGGCCGUGCGUCUACUCAGAUCACUACGUCUACUCAGGCACUGUACCUACUCAGGCCGUGUGUCUACCCACACCCUGCGUCUACUCAGGCACUGCACCUACUCAGGCCGUGCGUCUACUCAGACCACUACGUCUACUCAGGCCCUAUGCCUACUCAGACCCUACGUGUACUCAGACCCUACGUCUACUCAGACCCUACGUCUACUCAGACCUUCCGUCUUCUCAGGCCCUACGUCUACUUAGACCCUACAUCUUCUCAAGCACUGCACCUACUCAGGUCGUGCGUCUACUCAGACCCUACGUCUACUCAGACACUGAACCUACUCAGGCACUGCGUCUACUCAGACCCUACAUCUUCUCAAGCACUGCAUCUACUCAGGCACUGCACCUACUCAGGCCGUGCGUCUACUCAGACCCUGCGUCUUCUGAGGCACUGCACCUACUCAGGCCGUGCGUCUACUCAGACCCUGCGUCUACUCAGGCACUGUGUCUACUCAGGCACUACGUCUACUCAAGCACUGCAUCUACUCAGGCACUGUGUCUACUCAGGCCGUGCGUCUACUCAGACCCUACGUCUACUCAGGCCCUACGUCUACUCAGACCCUACGUUUACUCAGGCACUGCGUCUACUCAGGCACUGCACCUACUCAGGCACUGCGUCUACUCAGGCACUGCGUCUACUCAGGCCGUGCGUCUACUCAGACCCUGCGUCUACUCAGGCACUGCGUCUACUCAGGCACUGCGUCUACUCAGGCCGUGUGUCUACUCAGGCCGUGCGUCUACUCAGGCACUGCGUCUACUCAGGCCGUGCGUCUACUCAGGCCGUGUGUCUACUCAGGCCGUGCGUCUACUCAGGCCGUGCGUCUACUCAGGCACUGCACCUACUCAGACACUACGUCUACUCAGACCCUACGUCUACUCAGACCCUACGUCUACUCAGACCCUACGUCUACUGAGACCCUACGUCUACUCAGACCCUACGUCUACUCAGCCCUGCGUCUUCUCAGGCCCUGUGUCUUCUCAGGCCCUACGUCUACUCAGACCCUACGUCUUCUCAAGCACUGCAUCUACUCAAGCACUGCACCUACUCAGGCCGUGCGUCUACUCAGACCACUACGUCUACUCAGGCCCUACGUCUACUCAGACCUUACGUCUACUCAGACCCUACGUCUACUCAGACCCUACGUCUACUCAGACCCUACGUCUUCUCAGGCCCUACAUCUUCUCAAGCACUGCAUCUACUCAGGCACUGCACCUACUCAGGUCGUGCGUCUACUCAGACCCUACGUCUACUCAGGCACUGCACCUACUCAGGCACUGCGUCUACUCAGACCCUACAUCUUCUCAAGCACUGCAUCUACUCAGGCACUGCAUCUACUCAGGCCGUGCGUCUACUCAGACUCUGCGUCUACUCAGGCACUGCACCUACUCAGGCCGUGCGUCUACUCAGACCCUGCGUCUACUCAGGCACUGUGUCUACUCAGGCACUACGUCUACUCAAGCACUGCAUCUACUCAGGCACUGUGUCUACUCAGUCCGUGCGUCUACUCAGACCCUACGUCUACUCAGGCACUGCGUCUACUCAGGCACUGCACCUACUCAGACCGUGCGUCUACUCAGGCCCUACGUCUACUCAGGCACUGCGUUUACUCAGGCACUGCGUCUACUCAGGCACUGCACCUACUCAGGCACUGCGUCUACUCAGGCACUGCGUCUACUCAGGCCGUGCGUCUACUCAGACCCUGCGUCUACUCAGGCACUGCGUCUACUCAGGGACUGCGUCUACUCAGGCCGUGCGUCUACUCAGGCACUGCGUCUACUCAGGCACUGCGUCUACUCAGGCCGUGCGUCUACUCAGGCCGUGCGUCUACUCAGGCCGUGCACCUACUCAGGCCGUGCGUCUACUCAGGCCCUACGUCUUCUCGAGCACUGCACCUACUCAGGCACUGCACCUACUCAGGUCGUGCGUCUACUCAGACCCUGCGUCUACUCAGGCACUGCGUCUACUCAGGCCCUACGUCUACUCAGGCACUGCGUCUACUCAGGCACUGCACCUACUCAGGCCCUACGUCUACUCAGGCACUGUGUCUACUCAGACCCUGCACCUACUCAGGCCGUGCGUCUACUCAGGCACUGUGUCUACUCAGGCCCUGCGUCAACUCAGGCACUGCGUCAACUCACGCACUGGGUUUACUCAGGAACUGCGUCUACUCACGCACUGGGUUUACUCAGGCACUGCGUCAACUCACGCACUGGGUUUACUCAGGCACUGCGUCUACUUAUCUGA